AUGUCUGGCAGAAGAUAUGUUCGUAGUGUUACAUAUUUCUUUUAUCUUUUCACAUCUGUUCUAAACGGUAACUCCAAUCUAUCAAUCUUUUAUAGAAGUGACUCUCUAUCACUGUUCUAUCUAUCUAUCGCCUUUACUAUGUUCCUCUCUAUACCACUUUGUCCAUAUCUAUCCAUCUAUCUAUUGCCUUUACUCUAUCUCACUCUUCUUCUCUAUUUAUCGCCUUUACUCCCUCUCUCUCAUUAUGUUCCUCUCUAUACCACUUUGUUCCUAUCUAUCUAUCUAUCUAUCUAUCUAUCGCCUUUACUCUAUCUCAUUCUGUUCCUAUCUAUCUCACUCUGUUCUUCUCUAUCUAUCACCUUUACUCUCUCUCACUAUGUUCCUCUCUAUAUCAAUCUGUUCCUAUCUAUCUAUCUAUCACCUUUACUCUAUCUCACUCUGUUCCUUUCUAUCUCCCUCUGUUUCUUUUUAUCUCAAUCUGUCCCUCUCUAUCUCUAUCUGUUUCUAUCUAUCUCACUCUGUUCCUAUCUAUCUAUCUAUCUAUCUAACGCCUUUACUCUAUCUCACUCUCUUCCUCUCUAUCUCACUCUGUUCCUAUCUAUCUCACUCUGGUCCUCUCUCUCUUUCACUCUGUUCCUAUUUAUCUAUCUAUCGCCUUUACUCCAUUUCAAUGUAUCGCACUCUGUUCCUCUCUGUUCCUCUCUAUCUAUCGCCUUUACACUUGGCUAA